AUGGCAGCAGUUAUAUCUCCUGUAGUCACAGUGCAACCAUCACCAGUCUUUUACACAACUACCUACAAGGUCGUGCCACAAACAGUUGUUUAUACUUUACCAAGCGCAGUACCUGUUGUUAAAAAUGUUCAAGUAAUUCCUACUCAACCAGUGUGCUUUACUUAUGCAUAUACGACCCCUAUGACUGUUAUUAUAUAA